UGGCAACAUUUUGAUUAUAUUUACCAUCCGGCAAUAGUAUUGCUUAAGCAUUCAAGGUCUAUAGACAAGGAAUUUUCUAUAACGAGAAGAACGUGCGACUUUUGUAGAUCUUACGAGAAGCAUAGAUUGUUGGAUGAAAGGCUGAUAACUGCGUAGGUUUCAACUACCGUGCAUCACUCCAAUCAAAGGGAAGCAUUUACGUACUACGUACGUGUUAGCUGAUUAUCCUGUGUUACAAAUCUUUACACGCUGCAAAAUUAUUUUAGCCAUGUCAUUGGUCACAGCAGGGCAGGGAAUCCGAUCGUUGUGAUUAUUCUCAGUUAAAAGAGCAAUGCAGCUUGCAUAUGCCCGACGACAGUGCUAGGUCUAUUGACUGCUGUCCGUCGGUAAUGCUUUUGAAAAGUAUUGAGAAUGAUAUCCUCCCUGGUUUCGUUGGUGCAAACUGGUUUGCCGUUUUGCGAGAAUGCAAAUAGAAUUGCAGUCCCAUUCGGUCAAUGUAUGGGGAAUUCUCAUUUCGUCACUGUCAUUCGUGGAGUCAUGAAGUGGGACCAAGCAGUAGGAGUGGUGUCAAGUGGCUCAAGCGCUUAAAUAAGAACAUUAUCUAAUUCUCCAUCUGGGAACAAUAAAAGAGAAUUAUCGAAAUCGAGUUCAUCGCAGUGAAUAAUUGAUUAAAUUGUAAUGUACCAUUUAUGUAGUUCCUCUUCGGGUUCACUCCCUUCUACUUCCCAACUGCUUAGCGUUCGACUUUCCACUCCACUGCAGCACGAUCUUAUCUCGUUCGAACAAACUUUCUGUGCCGGUAGUAUUCAUUGGAAGGAUCGCAACCAAGGGCUCGGAAGCACUUCUGUUGGGAUGUGUGGUGCCUUGAAUAAAACAUCCAUGGCUGUGACAAUCUCUGCGGUGCUUUGUCGUGUCGUCGUCAUCGAGGUUUCCCGUAACCCGAGGGGUGAUGUUAAUGCGAAAGACGUUCAGUGAACAUUGGGUCUUAAUGAGCUCCCGGAUGGUUGCCUCGAUGCCAUAGAUGGCAUGGAAGGCCCGAUUGAAUGUGGCAAAGGGCAAAAGGCACAUGGCAGUUGGCAAACUCAUUGGAGUUGUUAUUGAAGCACAAAUUUAUGCAAAUCAAUUUUUGUCGUUAUCCGGGUUAUCACAUGCAAGUCGAGCAGAAGUGUAGAUCAGUCAAGUGAUAUGCUUCAAAAUAUUGAAAUCAUUGAUUUCUGCAAAGCGUGGGAAGGAAACAGUUUAAGAGAGUAAGUUUUUGCUAUCUCAAAAUAUUUAAUAUUGCCCCGAAUAUUUGGCAACAUGUAUGCAAAUCGUAUAACAAUAACAUAUUCAGUAAUAUAUUUUGUAUCGUUUUAUAUUUAAUCGCAACUUAUUCUCUUAUUGAUAAAUACCAACACAAAGAACUGAUAGGGAAUGAAAAGGUAUAUAUGAUUAGCAGCCCUGAAUAAGAUGAUACCAUUUAUAAAACAAAAAUUCAGCAUGUUUUCUAAUCAGUGAAGGAUAACAACAUUUUCAUCCAUUGACGAACAAUUUAAAGCAACGUUUUAAAUGUCACUGGUAUGUUGAAUUUAUUUACAAUGCUAGGUGAAUGUCGAAUACUAUUACAGUGGUAUUAGACCCUUAAACUCAUAGCCAAACAUAGUAAUUAGUUGAUAUGCACAAAACUUGUUCCCUGUGCUCAAAAGAAAUCUAAUAAGAGCAUUUAAAAAUUCCUUACGCAACUCUCCUAUGUGGCUUGAGACAAUCUUCUCGAAACAGUGGAAUCUUUGUUCUGGACAACCCGUUGUCGUAAUUACAGUGGGACCGAAUUCAAUUUAAACUUUAUCCUGUUUCACAUCGUCAUGCCUAGCAGAAUGGUUAGAGUGUAAAACUCGGAAACUUUCGCCCCUUUGGAGUGAUUUACUGUCCUGUCUUCCCAGUGCAGGGUAUGCACUGCACUGCAACGGUUUCGCCAAAUGGUUUUGUUUUUUUCAAUGAUGAAAAUUGUCUUAAGUUUUUCUAGAAUGCUUUGGAAAGCGACAACUGACUUGCCUAUGUAACAAGCGGCUUAACUUCGCCUAAUUGCCGUUUUCAUUUUACAGCCAGUUGAAAAAACAUUAAAAGUUUUUUUUUAUCUUUGUUGCCACAACAACAAUUGCCAUGUUGGUGCGAUCGGCGCGUUUCAAACUCUUCAACUGGUCACCAAUUGAUGAGAUAAAUGUUAAAGGAUUGUGAGUGGACUGCUAGGGAGCUGUGUUUCUACAACGUUCCGUAAAACGACAUGUAUGAUUAAUUUAUGAGGCGUGGUAAAUUGCGAAAGUCGGCUCCAUUCUCGGGUAUGAUCGGGAGCAGUUUCCGGAACGAUUAACCUCCUUUGCAGACACCCACUGUUGGAUAAAGUUUCCAUGGAAGUAUUGUACUGGAUUCUACGACUGUUCGGGUAUGCUCCGUUCCGGCUACAGUUGGAUGCAGACACACCUGACCGGGAUGCAUUCGGAACCUGGCGGACGAAACUAUACACCAUAUCUUUCGGAUUGGUAUAUACACUAGCUUUUAUAAAAUUCAUGUCCGAGCUAAAACACACCGGAUUCUCUGCAUCGAUGAUCGAGGGCAAAGGCGAACGUAUGUAUUUUACUUUCAAUUUUUUCACCACCAUGUAUGGAGUUGUGAAUGGUUAUGCAGUGCGAGACAAAAUUGAAAAAAUGCUCUACAAGCUGCAUGCCGUGGAUCAAAAGAUAAGCCAAUGGAAACGCAACGUCGAUCAUCGCCGAUUUUAUCGAAACGUUUGGGCCGGUGUUUAUCUGAUCGCAAUCGUGUUGUUGAUCUACAUUUAUGGUACUAUCAUCACUUGUCAACUUCAUGAGAGCUCGUGCAACAUGCAGAUUUUGUUCGUGUUUAUUUAUUUGCUAUUCGUCAACUCCUACGCAUUAAUGAUGUUGCAAUGCACCGCGUUUAUGGAAAUAAUUAGGACAAGAUACAAGCUAAUUAAUGGCUGUUUUCGAAUGUACUUUCCAACGAGUCCGUCGGCCGUGGGAAAUCCGAGCGAGUUUGCAAUAUGCAGCGAAAAGGAACAGAUUAAUGUGCUGAAGCAAAUCAAGAUCCUUCACGACAAACUGAACGACGUGGUCGAGCUCGUUAAUUAUUGCUUUUCAGUGCAGAUCACAUUUUGCGUUGGAUUGUGCUUCGUCAUCGGAGUCGUCUGUUCGUUCGGACUGUUCCGGGCGUUCAUCUAUCGUAACGAGCUGUUCUACAUGGGAGUGCUGAACUUCAUCUGGUACAUGUACUAUCUUUUCUUUGUCCUGUUUUUCAUUGCCGUCGGUAGCAAAAUAACACGCGAGGGCAAACGAAUCGGGAUCCUAGUACAUAAAGCCAUCAACUGUUCGUCCUCCUCGGCAGUGAUAAAUGAGUUGAACCUAUUUUCACAGCAGCUGCUACAUCGUAGCCCAGUCAUAACGUGCGGGCUGUUUGUUUACGAUUGGACACUCUGGUACACGAUGAUUGGCGCCACAGCAACGUACCUCAUCAUCUUAAUUCAAUUCGAUGUCUCGUUUCCGAACUUGGUCAAUGUCAACGCCACGGCAGUGUACCGAGGCAGCACCUAAGGCUGGCCGUAUCGACACCAACGCUAAAAGACGAGCAACUUGAUCAUCAUCGCUGAAUCUAGUGGGUAGCAAACUUUUCUAGGACAAGUGAUUCUGGUCGUAGAAGGAAACAUUCUUGCUAAAGCUCUUCGACGAAGCGUUCAUAGAAUCUCUGAUUUAACGUGCAUGUGCGUGUAUGUGUGUGUGUGUGUGUGUUUACUUUGAUGCUGAAAUGAAACAAAAAAUAAAACAGGGCUAAUCUGAAGAGCCAGUUUGGUGAA